UUUACCUGAACGUCAGCAUGAAGGCUAUGCGAGCCCUUGGCACGUUGAAGCGAUUUCGUCACCGAGACGUCCAAGGGCCUCUCGAUGCUCUAAAGUUAUAAAUAAACAGAGGACAUAAAAAUGGUGCAAUGUCAAAACGCGAACUAAAUCGUAAUAAGUUAAUGUUUCCGCUCUUGUUGAAGCUGUACUGGAAGUAGCCUCUGGUAAAGUAGCCCCUGCAGGUGGGCUCUCCUCCUCCGGGUGGCGCCAAAAACAACGCUUUUUCUCUGCGCCAAUAUCAGACUUAUUGAGUUGGUCAAUGUAAAAAGUAAGGUAAAACCUUUAAAAAAAAAAGAGAAGAAAAAGGCAACUCCCUGAUGGUUAUAUGGAAAGAAUUAUUAGUGCUCGGGGUCCAGCUAUUGAGAGAGGCAGUAACUUGACGAAUGCCCGAUUCACUAAAGGGUGUAGGAGGAUCUUGAAAAUGAAAACUUCAAACCCACUUUAAGAAUCCUCAUCGUUAUGGUCAUGAAUCACGAUGUGAACCCUCUGCAUUCCACGCCUCACAGCAGUAAAAGCCAGUGGUUGGAAGUGGCAAAGCGCAAAUACUUUGUUCCUGUCCUUAAGUAGAUAUUUCAGUCCACAUCCCGCCUCAGGCGCGAUGAUUCCAGAAGCCCUGAAAAGCUUCGGGAGGCAGCUGGUGCGCAUCAAGGUGGUGGACUCCACCAGCGACGAGACCCGCCUGUCGCGCUGCCUCAACACGUUCGACCUGGUGGCGCUGGGUGUCGGGAGCACGCUGGGCGCCGGGGUCUACGUGGUGGCCGGCAACGUGGCCAAAGAGAAUUCGGGACCUGCCAUCAUUCUGUCCUUCCUGAUUGCGGCGGUGGCCUCCAUCCUGGCCGGCCUGUGCUACGCUGAGUUUGGUGCCCGCGUGCCCAAAACAGGCUCGGCGUACCUUUACACUUACGUGACGGCCGGAGAGUUGCUGGCCUUCAUCACCGGAUGGAACCUCCUCCUUUCGUAUGCCAUUGGUACUUCGAGCGUGGCCAAAACGUGGAGCAUCACCUUUGACACGCUCAUCGGAGGCAAAAUCGAGAAGUGGAGCAAAAACAACAUACCCAUGAACUUGCCUGGUGUCCUUUCAGAUCACCCUGAUGUCCUUUCAGUCGCUCUCGUCAUGAUUUUGACAGGCGUGCUCGGUUUUGGCGUGAAGGAGUCUGCGCUGGUGGGCAAAAUCUUCACCAGUAUCAACAUCCUGGUUCUCAUGUCCGUCAUGGUCGGCGGGAUGAUCAAAGGGGACCCCAAAAACUGGAAGGUGCACCCAGACAACAUCCUCAGUGCCGCCAACGCGUCCUCGCCCAAUACAACCGAUCAUUCAUCUUUGAAGCAAAGUCUGGGCGCGGGGGGCUUCAUGCCCUUCGGCUGGACAGGGGUCUUCUCCGGGGCCGCCACCUGCUUCUACGCCUUCAUUGGCUUUGAAUGUAUCGCCACGACAGGUGAGGAAGUGAAGAACCCGCAGAAGGCCAUCCCCAUCGGGAUUGUUAGCUCGCUGCUCAUCUGCCUGGUGAUGUACAUGGGCGUGUCGACAGCUCUCACCGUCUUGAUGCCGUACUACCUGCUGGACAGGCAGAACCCGCUGCCGGUGGCCUUCACGCACGUGGGCUGGCCGAGAGAUCGUGUUUGUAUUGACAUCCUGGUUUUUGCUGUGUCCGCGUGUAGUUUACUGGGCGCCAUGUUCCCCAUGCCCAGAGUGAUGUGGGCCAUGGCGGAAGAUGGCCUGUUAUUCAAAUGUUUGAGCAGAAUCAACCGUCGCACCCAAACGCCCGUCAUCGCAACCGUCAUGUCGGGUGUUGUCGCAGCCCUGAUGGCCAUGCUGUUCAACUUGAAGGAGCUGGUGGACCUCAUGUCCAUCGGCGCUCUGCUGGCUUACACGCUGGUCGCCGCGUGCGUGCUGGUGCUCAGGUACAAGCCCGACAAGAGCGCCACCGAUGAGACGGCCGCUCAACAGGAGGAGGUGGAAACCGAGGGCGACGGGGCCAUCCGGAGAAAAGAUGACUUCUGUGCCACCAUGAGGUGGCUCGUUUUCCACCCAGAUAAAGAACCCACUCCUCGCUCCGGCUUCGCGGUCACCAUUUGCACCAGCAUGCUUGUGGUUUUGGCGUUCCUGUUCAGCUCGGUGGCGGUCACGGGCUGGAAAGCUGCGUGGCGUCCAAUCCUCCUGGGCGCCAUCAUUACGGCAUGCGUGGGCGUCACCGCUGUGGUGUGGAGACAACCACAGAACAAGACCAAGCUCACCUUCAAAGUCCCUCUGGUGCCCUUGAUCCCACUGGUGAGCAUGCUGAUCAAUACGUACCUGAUGACGCAGCUCCUGUCAGGACCAUGGGUGCACUACACCACCUGCAUGGCUAUAGGUAUCCUCGUCUACUUCGGCUACGGCAUCCGUAACAGCGCGCUGGCAGAGUGGAACAAGGUGUACGAAUGCAAACUGGAUGGUCGAGGGGAUGAGUUGUGAUUUGAUGACCGGUCUGGUCAAACAAACAGAAUAGACGUGAAGCAGAAGGCAGCUGACAAACUUUUUGGAGGACAGCAGCCGAAACAAAGCACUUUUUUUUCUAUCUUUAGACACCCUUUUUAACAGACCAUCUGUUGUACAUAUUUUCUCUUACAUAACAACCUGUGUUCAUUUUUUUUUAACUUAGCAGAGUUCUCUUCUACUUGGGUGGAGGGGGUGACCAUGAGUAAUGAUU